UCACUGCGCAAGUCCGUAUCGUUGUCCGCCAUGUUGUUGAAAUUAGCAACCAGCUUGUUCUGUAAUAAUAUUUAUUGAUAUGGGAUUAAAAUCUCAUUAAAUUUCGGUUAUGUCGACACCCUGACGACAAUUAUGGACGAGAAAGAAGCAGACGAAAUUUUGCUGGAUAACACCUUGGACGAUGGUCCUUACAGCAAGGAUCUUCGUUUGGCAGCAUUACCAAAGGAAGCAAGACAGUCCCUCAUUAGGUAUGACGGUGAUAGUGACGAUGCUAAAGGAGCAGCUGCCAUAGAAAUACAGAGAUGCUGGAGGGGCUAUCGAGGAAGAUGUAACCUAUAUCGGACAGUAAACCCCAAGGUCAGUAAGACGGCUGUGUACAGUGGCAGUAUGCACCACACUACAAGGGAAGAGGAGGAAUUCGUGGAAGGGGAGGAAGAUAGUGAAGGCCCUCCUAGUACAGAGAAGAUUCGAGGGUUUUAUGAGCAUUACUUGUUAGAAAUGGAGGAGAAGGGAACAAGUUCUUCAGAACUUCAGAAGUUUGAGCAGUUCUGUGCCAACUACAUUCAGGAAUGGUGGUUAGCACAGCGCCAGAAGAAUAUCGAGGUUACAGCGCCUAGUCCACAACCUAGUCCACAACCAAUUGUCACUGUGUCGCCGCCACCUCCACCUCCACCCCCUAAACGCAAGUGGGAGUUCCUGACGGAGAGGCAGGCCGCUGUCAUCAUACAGAAAGCUUGGAGACGCCAUAUAGACAUACAGGUGUACCAGUACUACAGGGAUCUCAUCAACUUUAAGGCACGAGGUAACCCCAGCCUCAUGUUACGCUGUAUCAACCCAAAUGAGUCCAAGUACCUAGAUGCAGCAUCUGGAGUGCAUGUCAAGUUCAGACUGGCAGGGGAGCGGUUCCCACCCAACAUUUACUACAAGAUCUUCACACACAGACCCAUCCAGGACAUGUGUGCCAACAGUCCUAAGGAUUACACUGUUGCUACUGUCAAACUACAGAUGGCUAAGGACGUCCAUAGCAACUUCCGCAAAGGUCCCACGCCAGAUGACCAGUGUGGCUGGUACAGACGGUCAGAGAACAACGGCUGGAGGCUGGUAUCUGACCGCCUCAUACACCACAUCAUGGCUGACCCCAUCACAUGGGAGACGUCCAAUAAGAAAUACAAGUUUAGUCAUGACAAGAUAAUAAGAAGACAGGAUGUAGAAAAACAGAAAAAGCUUAAGAAGAUUGACUGGAUGAAGAAAAUGUAUAAAGAAGGUAUGCUGAAAGCCAAGUCUGACGACCAAGAGACUGUGACGUUAAUAGAGGGCGCUGCAGCGGGAAUGGUGGCAACGGUCGAUCAGAUGGGUCCAGACGCACUGGAGGACUGGGAAGUGGAUGAACUCCUCGACUGGACAACUAGCCUAAACUUUGAUGAGUAUCUAUCAAACUGGAAAGACACAGCAACAAGUGCCUACUCAGAGAAAAAAGUUGAGGACCGCAUCAACCUGUACACCAGCGCCAUGGAUCCUUACGAGUUCUCCCUGUCAACGGGUCCGUCCCGCUUCCAAUCCACACAGCAGUCUCGCAACACCCCUACCUCCAGCAUGUCAGGUGCCCGUGUCCAGGCCUUAUAGGGGGAGCUAUCUAAACCUACAUGGGAAGGGGAUCCUCCCUGAGGAGGACACUCACAGAUCACUAACGAAUCACCAGAGGCCACUUUGGUUGAAGGUCAUUCAGGGAUAAUGAGGAGUUCAAAGAGGACAGGCACGGUUUGUCAACAGUCUUCUUCAAGUUACAGAUAAUCAGUGAGGCGAGGGCUAGCUCUCGAGUUUGUGACUCAAAUGUACAAGUAGUGGGGAUUGUAUCUGUACUAAUUGUCCAGGAUAAACAUUAUAAGGACCAUCUGGUCUGGUCCUCACAACUAACUCCUGUAUCUGAUCUCUUUUGUUACACACUUUAUAUUUUACGAGUUGUUAUGAUCACAGGUUUCUGGUCUUGAUGACACCUUCUUUUUACCAAUCUUAAACUGUUAUUUGUUUAAAUUUUGUAUAUCUGUAUUAGAUGUCCUUCAAACGUUUCUUUUUAAAUCAGGUAACUUUACAUUGAUUUAGGAUAUUUUCAGUUCUCCCACCAAGAGAAAACAGUAUACCUUGUGAUGAGUUUUGCAAAAAAGGGUGUCAUUGUCUUAUUUUGCUUUUAAAUCAAAUUCAGUGCCUUUGGAAUCAAGCCUUAUUAAAGCACUUGGUAAAACAUUAGAAUUAUUGUAGAAUCAAUGUUUAUAGCCAUUCUGACGAUACUAGCUCUGGAACUUAGGAGCUUACAUUCCCUCUCCUAGCUACUAGCUUCAUUGAUCAGUGAACUAGCUAUGUUUAUGGUUGAUAAGGUAAAUGUUCCAUAUCUGAAUGUUAUUCAGCCAUGAACUGUAUAUUUAAUCUAUUAUGUCAAUCAUGUGAUCUAUUUAAAACAUUGUGUUAAUUGUGUAAGUUUAUUAUCAGUAUUUUUUCAUGUCAUAUAUUUGUUUAAAUUUGUAUAUUUUUUUUAUUUAUUUGUGAGAUGUGUUUGUGUGAAUCUUUUGUAUAAAACAGGAAAUUUUUGUAUAUAUAUAACAUCCUUUUGAAUGUCAAAGGAGAAAUUAAAAAUAUUAUAUAAAGUU